AUGUUACCGGUCUAAUAUGCAGUUUUCUCUUUCACUCUCAUUCGGUUGAAAUGGUACAAAGGUGAGGCACUUAAAAUACGUGUCUCAAAAUAUUUCAUCAGUUGGUUACUCAGCAAGCAACGAAACGACGAAUAUAUAAAUAAGGGAAAACUUUUCAACAGCUUUCUUAUACUUGGAGACACACAGUCAAGCGAAAUCCAAGGAAAGGGAAUCUAUUUUAAGAUCACAACUAAAAGACUUAGACGAAUCGAAUAACUUCGAAAGGUGACACACCACCAUGAGUCUUGUCUGGACUUUGAUUGCUGGCUUCCUUUAUGCCGAAAUAGCCGUGGUACUGCUAUUAGUCUUGCCCGUUGCCAGUCCGUAUAAAUGGAACCGUUUCUUCAAAUCCAAAUUUUUGGCCAUGCUGGCCCGGCAGGCUCACUUAUAUUUCUUCCUAAUAAUGGGAGUCUUGGUGCUCUUCCUGCUGGAUGCCAUUCGGGAAAUGCGUAAAUAUUCACACCACGACCACAGCAGCGAUGUACAUUUGAAUGUUGAAAUGCAACAUAGUAUGCGUUUGUUCCGUGCUCAGCGUAAUUUCUACAUAUCUGGAUUUGCAAUUUUCUUGGUCCUGGUUAUUCGUCGUUUGGUCACCCUGAUUUCGACACAGGCCAAUCUCUUGGCUCAAAGUGAAGCUUCAAUGAAACAGGCCGCCUCUGCUUCGGCAGCUGCCAAGUCAUUGAUGGCCGAGAAGAGUACCGAAAAAGCUAAAGAAGCAACCGAGGAUGCUACAUUGGGAGAGAUUACAAAAUUGAAAGAUCGCAUCCAUGAGCUUACUGCCGAAUUGAAUCGUGAAAAGAAGGACAAGGAAGCCCUGAAAUCUCAAGCCGAAAGUUUGAAUAAGGAAUAUGAUCGUCUCACCGAGGAAUAUAGCAAAUUGCAGAAGAAAAUCACCAUUAGUGGUGGUGCUGGCGGCAAGGGCGAUUCCAAAGAUGAUUAAAUAAACAACAUUGUAUUUAGCUUCGUUUUAAACUCUACUUGAAUACUAAUUGAAUGAAAAGGAAACAUCUAAGAUGUCAAGACUUUCUUCUUUAUCGCCCAGAAAUGAAAUAUGUGAAAGGAGAAUAACAAACGAUUGUGACUUAGCUAUAUAUAAGUUGCCGGCAAAGGAAGAAGGCAACGCUAAAAAUAAGUGUAUAUGUUAAUUAAAGGAUAUUAAAGAAUAUGCAUUACAUUUUGUCUUUUUCUUUUUU